GAACUUUUUUGAUUUUAGCAAAUGGCUGCAAUGAAACAAAGAGUGAACAUUUAAAGGGAUCUGAAUACUUUCCGUAUGUAUAUAAACUGAUUGAGCAGAAGAUAAUGACAAUAAAACAGCGUUAAUGACUUUAUUGCUCCUUUUGUUACUCGGCUAGAGUGUUUAUUUAUAUUUUUAAAAUAUCAAUGAAGAGCUACUGUGGUGGUUAGCGAGAGGCAACCACGAGUAACACGCUAGCUGGCGUUGACUGGCUCAUUCAUAUUCAGCAUGAGCCGGUAAUGAGGAGUAGAUAUGCAUCGCUGACACAACAGUCUCGAGCCUUCGCGGCGUACUGCGUGGUGUGAAAUUAACUGUGUUUACAAAAAAAGAAAAGAAAAAAGGAGUUAUAAAUAAAGUGCGAGGAGGAAGGAUAUUAAAUGCGUCACUGACAGCAAUUUAGCCGUCUUGUUGUGACAGUCGUGGGUAGCGAGUCUGACGAUGAGACACAUCCCGACUUCCUUCCACUCCUCGGUCUCAAAGGUCCUUCAGUGAACUUUGUCACCGCAGACGGAGACGAGCACUUUCCUUUUUCAAAUCCCUGUGACAGUUCUUGAGACUCACAAACUCGCCCGCGCACCAUGGCCGGAUCCGACUGGACUCGCAGUCUCUCCGCUCUGGAUAAGUGGGAGUCCCCAGAUUAUGAGCCGUCACUUCCCGUUUCAGAGAAGUCCAACCCCCUGACGCGCGACCUCGACCGGGCUUCGGCCAAUCGCAUCGUGAGGAUGCUGCAGGCCUGCGACGCCCAGAUGUUCCAGGAGGAGACCGGAGGAACCUACCAGAGGCUUUUGAGCGAACAAGUGGCGGAAACAUUGGCGGAGGUUGCUAAGAAGGUGGAGCACAUUCUCAAGGAUCCUCGGGACAGCCUCGUGGUCCUGAGUGGUUGUGGGACUUCUGGUCGGAUGGCUUUCCUCAUCGCAUCGGCUUUCAACCGAGCGCUGAGGGAUCUGGACCGGAGCCCGGUAUACUCCUACCUUAUUGCAGGAGGAGACAAAGCUCUGCUAUCCUCCCAAGAAGCUCCUGAAGAUGACCCCGAGCUGGGCGUGCUCAGUCUGCAGAAGGUCUGCGAGGGGCAGAAGCGCGUCUUGUUCGUUGGUAUUUCCUGCGGUUUAUCUGCCCCGUUUGUUGCAGGUCAGCUGGACUUCUGCCUGCAGCACCCGGAGGUGUACACUCCCGUACUGGUCGGCUUCAACCCUCCACAUCAGGCCAGGGACGAGCGCAUUCCGGGCUGCACCUUCACCUUUCUCGGCGUGGUGCGGAGGAUGCAGGAGCUCGCCGAACGCCAGAAGGCCUUCCUCGUCACCCCGGCGGUCGGGCCAGAAGCCGUCAGCGGCUCGUCCAGGAUGAAGGGAGGCAGCGCCACCAAGAUCCUCCUGGAGGUCGUGAUGUCGGCGGCUCACGGCGCCGCCUUCGCCCGCACGCCCGUCACGCCCAGAGGCGUCCUGCAGCACAUGAGAGACUAUGAGGAAACUCUGGAGAUCACCUACGCCCAGAGAGAGGGGAUAGGCGCCCUGGUGGAGGCCGCCGGGCAAAGCCUGCGGCGGGGCCGGCGCGUGUGUUACCUGGGCUGGGGCCGCCUGGCCGCACUGGGCCUCGUGGACGCCAGCGAGUGCGUGCCGACGUUCGGAGCAGGCCCCGAAGAUGUUCGGGGCUUCGUCAGUGGAGGAUACCGAGAGCUGAGCAACAAUGAGGGGCCACUGGGCCUCGAGUUCGGCGUCGCUCUGGAGGAUUUCUCCCGCCUGGUCCUUCCUUCUCUCGACGACCGCGACGUCGUUCUUCUUAUCUACACGCACUGCGACGAUGUCCGCCAUGUGGCGGAGUGGGCGCGCACGGUGAGAGGAAAGACCGCCAACCUCCACGCCGCUUAUCAUCAGGUCGCCGGAGACACGGCGGCCGCUGGCCUACAAGAUGACAUCGACGAGCUGUGUUCAUCUUCACUCAAAUUCACUUGGCAGCCACCGGCUUCAGGGAUCUCACUGCAGACGUGGGAGCUGUCCACGAAGCUGCUGCUGAACGCCGUGAGCACCGGCGCUCACGUCUUGAAGGGGAAGAUCUACCAGAACCACAUGGUGGACGUGCAGGUCACCAACAGCAAGCUCUACCGCAGAGCCACACGCCUGCUGCAGAAGCUGUCCGGUUACCCGGAGCCGCGGUGUGAGGAAGCUCUCCUGAAGGCCGUCUACCGGGUGGACGAGCUGACGGCGGCCAUCACGUCCUCUGACGUCCGGGCGCACACGCACGCCGCCAGGAGCAGCGCCGAGGCGGUCCCUCUGGCUUUGGUCUGCUUGCUGACCGGUCGAUCUCUCCUGGAGGCGGAGACUCAUUUGGAGCGGCAGCCGACCGUGAGGGAGGCGGUGGAGGCGUGCCUGUUGUAAUCAACCCUCUAUUUCCCAUCCACAGAGGUCAGAGGUCAGCAGAUGGACUGAUUUCUACCAUCUUUAGUGUAAUUACGAUGCCUGAGUCAAAGGUCAUCCAUGAUUGGCUCGUGCUUUAAUUAUUAUAAGAUAUUUAUAUAUAUAAAUAUUUGAAUAUAUAUAUAUAUGUAUAAUAUAUUUUAUAUUAUUAUAAUAUAUAUAUAUACAUAUUUAGAAUAUAUUUUAUAUUAUUAUAAUAUAUAUAUAUAUAUAUGUUCUAUACAAGAGUUUGUAUUUUGGCACCUGCAGGCCUUACAUGCAACGCCAUAUCGUACCACUAGAGGGCAGACUUGACACCUCAACACGAGCAGAAUAACCUGCAAAUGCUUAAUUAAAUGAUGUAGGUACAAGAUGUUAGAAUAUAGUGUACCCGGGAACAUUUCAAAAUAAAACUGAAUUGUGUUAAAACGUCAAUAAUUGAUCCUUUAUUAAGAAGCCCCCCCUCUCCCGUCCUUCAUGUGUGCUGUCAGUGUUCUGCAGGUACAGGCUCUACCAUAUGGGUCCAUGUGAUGUAAGUCAGCCUCAAUCCGC